AGUCUCCGUUUGAUUUCUGCAGCUGGGUCCUGCGUGUAAUAUACGACCCCAAGAACAUUAUGACACGUUUGGAUCGGAUAUGGCAGGGCAAAGCACUCUUUUUUUACUUCUUUACUUCUUUUGUUUUCACCUCAAAUCAAUUUAUUGUCACCGUGUAACGCAGUCUGACUCGGCCCUGUGGCGGUCACAUACUGGAAACCACGUGACUGCUGCUGUUAUGUUCCUUCUUCCGGGAUCAAAACACAGCUGCGACACCCCUUCAAUAAGUAUUUAGCUGUCGUCGUGUUUGUCCCAGUAUCCACUGAAGUUUCUGCAACGGAAGUCUUCGUCUUCCCCAGUGCCAGGACCUAUCUGAGCUGCCUGCCCCUAGCACCUUGCUGCUUAAGUCCCCGGGACGAGGUAAGAACUCUGAGCGCUCCACUUGUCCGCUCUUAGCAUAGCCUCCUUGAGAAAUGCUCAACUUAAAAACUUUGUUACAUAAGAGCAGAGGUUUAUACACAUUGGAAGCGACUUGAGAUGUUAAGUAAAUGAAUGUGAGCCAAACUUAAACUCGGCAUACUUGUAAUGCACAGAAAGAGACAUUACUGAACAAAAUCACAACCUGUAACGACGAUUUGUCCUCUCACUGACAGCGCAUGUCUGUCGGUUUUCUAAGCGUCGCAUCCGUGCAGACGGGCGGUGUCAUGAUUUAGAAUAAAGCCAUAUCGAAAUCAUGGGUGUCUUGGUGUUUAUUAAUAUAGGCCGAACUUGACCCAGCCUUUUGUUGUUGACUUGCAUGUUGAAACUGAUGUUCGCAAAAGGUGAGCCCUGUAUGACAAGAAAGAUAACAUAAAAGGGGAUUAUUUGUGAUCGGAUUUUGUUGUCAGCCUCUGUUCAUAAUUAUUUGCCUGGGCAAACCGGAAAUUUUGCAGUGAUUAGUUUUACUACAUGAGCAGCUGUCAGGGCUGUUUUGCUGUAAGAGUGUUUACAUGGUAACUAAGAUUAUAAGGAGGAACAGAUUUGUAUUACAGACCUGCAGUCCAGAUGCUGCUGAUUGACUUUGCAUAGAACCAAAACACUUAAUAUUACUGAGAAAAAAGCAGGAAGAGGAGCCUCCCACCUUUAUACCAUGUGAUUGAAAUAUGACUCAGGAUGUCUACUUCAUCUGUUAAGUGUAACUCAGUUUACAGUUUUCCAGGGCACAUUAGAAAGUUAACAACAUGACCCUACUGAGGCAGAGAUACCGAGGUUAAGAUGGCUCAUUGUACUCCAUUGAAAAGUAUUCCAAAUAAAAUCUAGAUAUUUGCUGGUUUAGGGUAAUAAACUGUAAUCAUUUACACAUCUUAUUUGGCAUCACUGCUCUCACUUCAAUAAAUCUCGUUGAACUUGUUCCUCAGCAUAUCACCAAACAGUUUAUAAUCAAUGUAGGAGUGUCAUAUCGGAAAAACUUAUCUAUAAUAAACAAACUGAAGUACAAAGCAGAGAUGUGAUCCAGCGGACCGGCACUGCUGUACUUAUAUAAAACUGUAUCAGCUUAAAUAUAAGAUGGACAUUGUAUUCGUCAAAAAAGUACAAAAAUCUAUACUGGAAGAGAAAAGGUUGGACUGAUUCCUCCCUUUUCUGCUAAAGAGUGAAUGUCAACCCUCUGGAGACACAGUCCAUACCUUUUAAAUGUUAGGCCCCUCUUUCAAAAAAACUAUCUUUGUAUUUCAGAAUGAAUGGUUGCAGACUGUCAUCUUAUCAGCAGAUUUAAGCUUACAGUUACAACAUGAGGCAAAUAAAACUAAACCAGAAGAACAAACUUGUUUUUGUAUGAAGUAGUAUUCAGCUGCACCAACAACAAGCUCAUUGUACAGAGAAAAAUGACUGAAGAAGAUAGAGGCUAUUCUAGAGAACCUGGAUCAUCCACUUCAUGACACAUUGAUGGACCAAAAAAAAAAAAAAUGGUAGUGGAUGGAGAGAUUCAGAAAAUCUUUUGUACCCAAAGCUAUCAGACUGUUUAAUUAUUCUAUAAAUGGUAGAUGAGAUGAUAUCCCAGAUGAAUUUCCCUUUGGGAUCAAUAAAGUUCUUGUAUUGUAUAGUACAAAAUAAGCAAUGGCUGCUUUGUUGACCGGGGGCACCAUAAUUGACAUAAACCGAAAGGUAAACAGUGUAGUCAGUCCUCAUCAUAGAAGAUACUUCCCUUUUUCCCCUUUCCUCCCUUAUCUCCAACAUUAUUGUUACACACCAAAAAACACACAUACACACUCACCAAUAUCUGUAAUUGUAAUCUUUCAAGAAAGCAGGUCAGAGGUAUGGGUGAUUGGAUUUACUUUAAAUUCUACCCUCAGCCCAGUAGUAUUCAGCUGCACCAACAACAAGCUCAUUGUACAGAGAAAAAUGACUUACUCAACUUCAACUUUAUCUAAAAAGACUAAAUGUCAGGGAGUGACACUCAGGUAUGCAUGGUUACACACCUGCACAGAAAUCACACAUGACAGAGUGUACAUGGUGAUGGAUGCUACUCUCUGUCUCUGCUCACACAGAGUAUUAAGUGUUCCAGCCUGUUAAAGUUGACUUAAGUAAACAUUUACAUUCAGUUUAGUGGAGCAGAACCAUGACUCAAGACUGAUUACAAAUCAAGGGAGGGAAACACAUUUAUGCAUGAGGUGGACUUUCAUCAAAUACAAGAUCAGUUUUUUAUGGCAGCCUUUACUCUCAGUCCUCUGAGUCUCAGAGGGAAGAGUCAUCCUCUUUAUUGCUGUGUAUAAAUGAGACAGACAGCUGCUGUUGAUUACUUAAAUGUCCAAAUCUGUUCAAAUCAAACUCUACUGAUGAAGCGCUUUUCAUUCAAAAGGAUGUAACACAAAGUGUUUUACAGUCCAUUAAAGAAACCUAAAACAAUCCUUGAAGGACUCCCCUACACACACACAUGCACAAUAGCCUCACUCCACUCAACAAUACAACCCAUGGUUAACAGUUACAUACAUAGUCUCACCUAAAGCCACACACACACACACACACACACACACACACACACACACACACACACACACACACACACACACACACACACACACACACACACUGAACCCUGGGGUUCAAUUUUUGGCUGUUGCUUUUACUCUUUCCAUUUGAUCACACUUUUUGUUUGUACCUGACUACAUUUCAGUAGCCCUCUAUGUGCUUUUAAAUUUGUUUAAAUGUGUUCAAUUUAGAAUUUCUUUUACACACCAGAGUUAGAGAGCUGACAGUAUGACUACUUCUAUAAAGCUCCAGUUAGGAAUGUUUGGUCAGUGUCAAUUUUGGCACCCUCAUCUUUCACACAAUUAAGUAGCAUCAUUUGACCAAAAUAUCUGAGCCUUCUGACUUUUGAUGGACAAAAAUAUCACCCAGAGCAAAUCUUGGAAAAAGUAAAAACAGAGCUGUUCCUGUGGCUGCUGGGCUGACACCAUAGACUGUAUAUAAAAUGGACAGAGUCUGCCUCCUCGCUGGGUGAAGCCACUCCGAGAACAGCACCCUCUGUUGAUGGGCUGCAGUAUAGGUCAUAAAUCCCGCCUCCGCCAGCAAAGCUUAUGGGGCUGUGGACAAACUUUAGAAAUUUAUUCCACAGAACAUACAUUUUUUCCCCCCUGCUUGCGAUGUUGACAUGUAGUUACAGUAAGACUGGUUUGUGCUCAAGUCCUCUUUUUUUCUGUACGGCUCCAUUUUCAAAAGUUAUUAGGGGGUUCAUGUUUUCUAUGAUUGACACCUGAUAUAGCCUAUGGGCAUUCAGGGAUUGCAUAGCUCUCCCGGGGGGAUACGCUGUUUGAGCCGAGUGUCAUCACAGCAACUCACGGCUACUGCGUGGCCGAAUGCGCACAUUGCUACUGCGCAGCGCUGGUUUCAGGAAAUGAUGAAAAAUUCCAGGAAUACAGAGAGCUUUUUGGUUUCAAAUCCAUAUACAGGCGGAAGGCGGAACCAAGUUGUCCAUAUGCAGUCUAUGGUCUACACACCCCAGUUCAAAUGCCAGGUUUUUGUCAUGUAAAAAAAUAAAUCAAGAUAAAUAAUUUCACAACUUCUUCCACCUUUUAAUGUGACCUAUAACCUGUACAACACAAUUGAAAAACAAUCAGAAAUCUUUCAGGGAGGUGAAGUAAAAGUAAACAACUGAGAUCAUGUGGUUGCAUAAGUGUGCACACCCUUUAAUAACUGGGGAUGUGGCUGUGUUCAGAUUUAACCAAUAGCAUUCAAACUCAGGUUAAAUUAGAGUCAGCAAACACCUGUCACAAAUUAAAAUGCCUCUGAUCAACCCCAAAUAAAGUUUAGCUGUUCUAGUAGGCUUUUCCUGACAUUUUUGUAACCACAUCUUCCAGCACAAGCCAUGAUCCGCAAAGAGUUUCCAAAGCGUCAAAGGGAUCUCAUUAUUCAAAGAUAUCAGUCAGGUGAGGGCUACAAAAGAAUUUCCAAGGAAUUAAAUAUACCAUGGAACACAGUAAAGACCGUCAUCAUCAAGUGGAGAAAAUAUGGCACAACAGUGACAUUACCAAGAACAAGACGUCCGUCCAAAAUUGAUGAUAAGACAAGAAGAAAACUGGUUAGGGAGGCUACCAAGAGGCCGACAGCAACACUGAAGGAGCUGCAGGAAUUUCUGAAGUACUGGCUGUGUAGUACAUGUGACAACAAUCUCCUGCAACCGCAUAUCAAAAUCUACCCGGAUACAGCAAUGCUGCUUUUUGAUUGGCUGUUCAGUAGAUAUACUUUCUUUGAUUGGCUUGCGCGUGGCACGCAGCUUCUGAACUCUCGGAGAAACUCAGUUGAUUUCCCCCUGUUCCAUUGUUACAGAGGUGCAACUUGGUGGACAUCACCGUGUUCAUUUAAAUGUGUGAGAAAUACAAUGUGUGGUUUGUGAGCGUGUGAACAAGUGGGAAUGCGUGUGUCAUACGCUGAAUGCGUGAGACUUGAGAGCCCUGUGCUCACGCAUCAUCGAUGUACUCCCGUGCCAUGCAAAACGGGCUUUGCAAAUGUUGCACUGAACGCCUUCCUUUUCAGUCUUGGUAAAGUUUUCCCACACCAUGGGUUGUGUCCAUGUUUUUCUCAGCUGCUGCCUCGGCCAUGGCUGUUUCUUUUCUGUGCGUCCUGCUGAUGUUUACACGCCGGUGUCCAUGGACAUAUAUAAAGACCCGACGAAUCGAUUACAGAAUUAGUUGGCAACGAAUUUUUUCGUCACGACGAAUCGACUUAAUCGAUUCGUUGUUGCAGCCUUAAUCUGAAAUCAUAUGUGGGAAAAUGUGUUAUGGUCUGAUGAAAGCAAAGUUGAACUUUUUGGGCAUCAUUGCAAAAGGUGUAUUUGGCGCAAAGUCAACACUGCUCAUCACCAAAAGAACACCAUACCCACAGUGAAGCAUGGUCGUGGUGGCAUCAUGCUUUGGGGCUGUUUUUCUUCAGCUGGAACUGGUGCCUUAGUCAGGGUGGAGGGAAUUAUGAACAGUUCCAAAUACCAGUCAGUGUUGGCACAAAACCUUCGGCCUUCUGCUGAUAGACUCCUACCCAAAAAAAACUGAGUGCUGUAAUAAAAGCCAAAGGUGCUGCAACAGAGUAUUAGUUUAAGGGUGUGUAUAUUUAUGCAACCAGGUUAUUUUAAUUUUUCUAUUUUUUAUUUUCCCCUUUGAAGGUUUCAGUUUGUUUUUCAAUUGCAUUGUACAGGUUUUAGGUCACAUUAAAGGUGGAAAAAUUUGUGAAAAUAUUAAUCUUGCUGUCAUUUUCUUACAUCACGAAAACCUGGCAGUUGAACAGGGGUAUAUAGACUUUUUGUAUCCACUGUGUGUGCGUGCGUGCGUCUGACAUGCGUGUGUGUGUGUGUUGGCUCAGUCUAUACUUCUCAAGUGUUUCAGUUUACACCGUGAAAGUGUUUCAGUCUAUAGUAUUUAAGUGUUUCAGUCUAUACUGUGGAAGUGUUUUAGUCUAUACUGUGAUAGUGUUUUAGUUGACUAGAUCACUGUUAUCUUUGUUAAACAGCGUUCACUAAUAUAUGAAAAAAAAGAAAAAGAUGGAUCUGGAUUAAGUGAGAAACUAAACUUGGUUUUAUAAAAGGUCAACCUCAGAAGAGUUGGGUAUUUACUCUGACAUCUUCCUCUUUUUUCUCUCUGGUGUACCUGCAGUGCUGAGUCCUCAUCAUGUCUAAGAAAGGAGGUAAAAGUGGGGAACUUGAGGGGCCCUUGGAUGCCUCAAUCAUCCGCAUCCCACCCCAUCACUACAUCCAUGUGUUGGACCAGAACACCAACAUCGCCCGGGUGGAGAUCGGACCACUCACCUACAUCCGCCAGGACAAUGAGAGGUGAGAGAGAGUUUUUAACCAGCCUGCCAAUUACAUGGUUAGACAAAAGUAGUGGGUAAAAAAGGGUGACCAUAUUCUGAAUCCCCGGAAAUCGGGCACAUCUGGUCACCUUACCCAAAAGAGGACAUGUCUGGGUAAAAGAGGACGUUUGAUCACCCUAGAAAAAUUAUACUCUGACACGGUAAGACAGACUGUAGAGCCAGCAGGCAAAUGUGUUCACAGACAUCACUGCUGAAAAAAGUUUCAGAUAGGCUACAGAGAUUUUUCUCUUGUCCCACACAUAAAGUUUUUGAAUUUCAACUCCAGUCAUAUGGUUAGCUUCAUGUUCCAGAUGGAAGCAAAACAGCGAUCCUGGCUGUAGCUCAGAUUACACUAACAAACAGCUCUUCAUGGUUACAAAGCUGUGUGUCGUUGUUUGAUAAUACACACUUUUUUGGAGAGCAAAGGUGUGAACUGAACUAGCUUGCAAAGCUAAUGGCUAGCAGACUUUUUACCUAGCUAGCUAGCAAAAGUGCUGUGUGUCACAUUGUCCAAGCUAGCUGGUAAAAUGUGACUUUAGGCUCUGUGAGUAUACAUAAGGUAACUCCAACAUGAGUUAUUAACCUCAGACUCUUGUCUGUCACAUGAAACUGAUUGUGUUAGCAUUUUUCAGGCAGGAAUCUGCUCAUGGCAAGGCUAGUCCUCUUCUGGAAAGAAUCCUGCUGUCAAAGGAAACAGUUGGGGUCAACUAAAAUAUCAGGUGAAUUUAGAUAAUCGGUUUCCCUUCCUUGCUUGAGUGACAGGAAGCCAGAAAGAAAACUGUUCAGCUUUGAAUCUGUGAGUGAGGAGUGAAGCUACAGGCUUUAGUUUGCAGACUCUUCUGAGCAAAUAGAAGACCUUUGACUCAAUAUUGUCUGAUAUCUGAGAAAUUAAUCAUUUAGGGAAAUCAAUGUAUGAAAACAAAGAUAAAUCUUAACACUGGUAACAUUUUUAUCCUGAGUUUCUUCUGUUGUCUGUCCACAGAAGCAUCACAGAGGCCAUAAUGAACUUGAUUUUACCAGUCUGAUGAAUCUGGGCAUGGUUAGCUUUAGCGUCUAACAGUUAAUGCUGAAGCCCACUGUCCGCUUUCUGUAGAUGUGGAUAAAUAUAUUCAAAGAGAGGAAAUACUGGUAAAGGUAAAAACAGGUGUAAAAGGUCCAUUAUUAAAGAGUGUCACCAAAGCCUGAACCAUUACUGUAACAAUGGGGUCUGUAUAAGGUCUGGAUUAUCACUUAUGUCAAAUCGUCUUGGUCCCACCCCCCAGAGUCCUAUUCUCCCCGGUUCGAAUGAUCAUGGUGCCACCACGUCACUACUGUGUGGUCGCCAACCCUGUCGCCCGUGAUGAGGAAAGCCAGGUCCUUUUUGACCAAUCAGGUCAGGCCAAGCUCCGCCAUGCUGAUCUGGAGAUCCGUCUGACCCAGGACCCGUUCCCUCUGUACCCAGGAGAGGAGAUCCAGCAGGUAUUUAAGAGACCCAAGAGUGGGUAUCUGAAGAAAUGAAGGUCUUAAAAGAAGCCAUAAGUACAAACACUUAGUCUGACCCAAAAUUGUUGAUAAAUGAAGCUGGAAACAAACACUCAGAACUUUUCUGUUUAUUUCUCUUACACACUGACCAUGAACACGAACUGGGAAAUUGGACAACAGAAUUUAGCAUUUUCAGGUCAUGUUUAGUGGAUGAGUUAACUGUCGUGUUUUCAGUCUUUCAUUUUCUGAAGUUUUCAAAAAUGUCCCUCACAAAUCAGAGUUCAGGAAAUGUUUUCUUUUUAUUACAAGAGUCAACUUUAUUUUCCUCAAACAGAUGCAGUUAAAGCAUUUAGUCUACACUGUGAAAGUGUUUAUAAACACUGAGUGCCUCAGUUAAGGUCAGUUUUAUAGAACUGAGACAUUUAACAUCCUCUCAGCUAUUUGUCAGAAGUGAAAACCAUUCAUAAAACUUCUAUAAAAGCAAGUAACCUCACCAUUUGUAAAGCAUACUCAAGGGAGAUGAAAUGUCUGCAGUUCAUACUGCAUAAUACCAGCCCAUACCAGUACCCCGCCUCCACCUUGUUGGUGUCUGAUUCGAAGUGGAGCUCUGUGCCCAUUACUGAUCCAGCCACGGGCCCAUCCAUCUGGUCCGUCAAGAGUCACUCUCAUCCCAUCAGUCCAUAAAACCUUUGAAAAAUCUCUCUUCAGAUAUUUCUUGGCCCAGUCUUGACGUUUCAACUUAAUAAUAAUAAUGCAUCAGAUUUCAUAUAGCGCUUUAUCAGAGACCCUCAAAGCGCUUUACAUUGGAUACAUCAUUCAUUCGCUCACACAGUCACACUUUGGUGGUGGUGGAAACGUGGCUGCCAUUCUGCGCCUACGGCCUCUCCGACCACCACCACACAACACUCACAAUCAUACACCAGUGGAGGACACACACUGGGAGCAAGGUGGGUUAAGUGUCUUGCCCAAGGACACAACGGACAGACUUGGAUUAGGGGGAAUCGAACCGCCAACCUUCCGGUUAUUGGACGACCGCUCUACCUCCUGAGCUACUGCCGCCCAACUUGUGUCUUGUUCAGUGGUGGUCAGGUUUCAGCCUUCCUUACCUUGGCCAUGUCUCUGAGCACUGAUCAUCUUGUACCUCUGGGCACUCCAGGUAGGUUGCAGUUCUGGAAUAUGACAGCACUGGAGGAUAUUGGGUUCCUGGUAGCUUUACGUUUGUGUCCUCUCAAAUCUUUGGCAGUUAAUUUGUGUCUUUUUUUCUUAACACAUUUCUUGCGACCCUGUUGACUAUUUGCAUCAAAAUGUUUGCUGGUUCUGUGAUCACGCCCAAAUAUCUAAGCAAUUUCAAGAGUGCUGCAUCCCUCUGAAAGACUUUUUACAUUUUUUGACUUUUCGGAGUCACUUAAAUCUCUUUUUUGGCCCAUUUUACCUGAGGAAAAGAAGCUGCCUAAUAAUUAUGCACACCUUGAUAUAGGGUUUUGAUCUCCUUAGGCCCCAGCCUCCCUCAUUACACUAAUACACAUUACCUGAUAUACUUAUAUCCAAUAAGCAUUCAAGUUUAUACAGCUUGGAGUUGGAAAAUAUGCAUAAAAAUGAUGAUAUGAUCAAAAUACUCACUUGCCUAAUAAUUGUGCACACAGUGUAGUGACUCAUUAUAAUUAUUCGGCCCUCUAGAGUCUGGAUCAGACUUUUCUGAGGAAAUAUGUCACUUUCGUUCUCCUUUUGGCUCUCCCCUCUGAGAUUCGCCAAGCACAGACUCUUGACUCUUUCAAGUCUGCUCUGAAGCGACACUUGUUUAUCCAGGCUUUUGGUAUUUAGUUUUUUUUUUUUUUUUUUUUUUUUUUUUAAUGUGUUUUUUUGUAGUGUGUUGUUAAGCGCCUUGGGUAUCCUGAAAGGCGCUAUAUAAAUGUAAGAUAUUAUUAUUAUUAUUAUUAUUGUUCUUAAGCCUCAGCAGAACUCUGCAUGACAAAUCCUCCCUUCUAUAGGCUGUAUUGAGACAGAGGACAAAGUGCUUAGAAAGUGAAUCUUUCUAAGCCACUUUUCAGAGCUCAUUAAAGAAUGACCUAAAACUCACAGUUCAACAAUAGACAGACACACUUGUGCCCGCCACUCCCCUUGUUUUCUUAAUAUUUAUCCAGACCUCUUUAUCACCAGGCAUUCAGCCUAAAAAACAGGAAACAAAUCAGAACCCGGGCCCGGCUCUCUGCAGACCGGUCUCCACACAACUACUGGCCUAUGCUCCUUUGCACCCAGUCUAGCAGUCUCCCCCUAAACUACUGGCCUAUGCCACUUCGCACCCAGUCUAACUAGCUCCACACAACUACUGGCCUGUGCCCCUUCGCACCCAGUCUAGCUAGUUUCACACACUACUGGCCUUGUGCUGCUCCGCACCCAGUCUAUCCAGUUCCACAAAACUACUGGCCUUGUGCUGCUCUGCACCCAGUCUAUCCAGUUCCACAAAACUACUGGCCUUGUGCUGCUCCGCACCCAGUCUAGCUAAUUCCACACAACUACUGGCCUGUGCUGCUCCGCACCCAGUCUAGCUAGUUCCACACAACUACUGGCCUUGUGCUCCUCUGCACCCAGUCUAACUAGCUCCACAUAUAACAGUCUCACACAACCCACUGCAGUUUCCCCUAUAUUCAGCUGAUAUAUAUCCAAUUUAAAUUGGCUUCCUUUCCCAAAUUUAGCACAUUUUGAUCAGCUGACUGCAUGCAUGCAGUUUUCUCAGACUGUCUUCAUUCCCACUGUCUCCUCUUAUUUCUAUUCUAGGUUCUUUGAAUCGAAGAGGACAGAGAACAGUAGUCUGCACCACCUCACAGGGAAAAGAACACUCAAAUAAAUUUUAGGAAAUCUCCUACCUUUUUCUUUUUGUGUGCACAGAGUGUCCUGAUCCCAUAAGAAGUCUGCAGAGUCACAGUCACUUGUCCCCCGAUACGAAUUCUGGCUAAGGCUUGCCAUUAUGUUGUGGAAAAUCCAGCAUAAACUUAGUAAAACAAUGCACAGGAGACAGGAUGAGAUCUGAAGAACAGCCUGGGCAUCUUAUGUUUUGUACAGAUGUAGAUAUCAGUAUAGAUGACAAACAGAGUCUCGACCAAGACCAAGGGAAGCCUCCUUAGCUUUUUCUUCUACUACCUUUUAUGCUGUUAGGUGUGUGUGUGUGUGUGUGUGUGUGUGUGUGUGUGUGUGUGUGUGUGUGUGUGUGUGUGUGUGUGUGUGUGUGUGUGUGUGUGUGUGUAUUCUGUGUAUUCUGUCAUCAUGGGUAUGUCAUACCAAUUCUCCAGAUGGCUACCCAUGAUGACAUGUCGUACUGUUCUAACCCUUAACACUUUGUCUCUCGCAGAGAUUAAAUGUUCCAACAGACAGAGAGUUCUGGUCCCUGCAAGACAGCCUUGCUUACAACCUCGGGGUCAUGAGGCUGCAUGAGCAGGCCAACCUAGAUUAUUUGUAGCUCCUUAUUAAAAGAUAAUGGCCCUCAUUUUUCAAGCUUGUGUACAGCAGAAAACUUGCGCUUGCGUACAAAAAUUUUGACGUGAGGAUCAGCAUCAAUCUGCACGUGAGCGUACGCUACGACCAAAUCUCACGACAGGUCUGACAUUGUGUACGCAAGUAUGAGUCAGCGUGGAUCUGCACUGCAGCAAAUGUCUGUCUCAAAAUAAUUGCUAUACAAACCUCAAACCUGUCAUUAAGCACAAUCAGCCAGAUUUCAUUAAAGAUUAAGAUGUAAAUAAAAUAAAAUAAAUUUGUUAUGUCCUUGGUGAAUAGGUCUGUUUGAUAACUCUGCCCAGAAACACUGCCACAGAGCAGGACUCCUAUAAGGCAGGUAGCUCUGUCUUGGCCCAGCAGCGGGGACGUUGCUGUACACUCCUGAAAGGGUGUGGGACAUCAUUUCGGCCAGUACAGUUUAGCACAAUGUUGCACUGGCGAAUUGAGUGCCAUUGGCUGUGCUGGUGCAACGUGAGGACCCGAUGCCUGGAGAACAAUAACGAGGAGAGACUCCACAAAGGUGCUGCACAGAGGAGACAGGACCUUAUUGAUGGAUUCUGACAUGUGAAGUAUAAGUUUAGAAAGUGCUCUUGCUAUUUAUUAAGUGAUAAAAAUCUAAUAGAAAUCCAUGAAAAUGUGCCUCGGGGGCAGCAACACACCAUUUGUGACGUUAAUAAUUAUUUUUGUUCAGCCUCUGUCAGACUCUUCAGUCUGCUCUACAUUGCAAAGACGCAACAAAUUAAAACUAAAUACUUUCAAUAAUAGGAGCAAUGUACCCUAUGUCAUGGCAAUAAACAAAUAUGUGGCAUGUAUGAGAUAAUAAUUUAUCAUCAUGAGCAACUUAUUGACUAAUGAUUGAUUCAAACUUCAACCACUGUCCGCUAUUCCGUGGCAGCGCUGUUCACUGCCACCAUAAUCGUGCUCCAGACAGGAGUUUUCUGGACUGCUUUUAUACCAGUUUUGAUGCUUCCAAAGAGCAAAUCCUUGUUAGUUUCCACCACAGAUGUGAGGAUAUCCACUUUCAGCUCAGAAAAGUUUCGCAUCUUUGAAAUAUUUCUUCUCUUUCAUGUUUGACCUCAGUGGGCAAGGCUUCUUGAACCACGAAUAUUUAAGGGCGUAAACAUGUUAAUGACGAUCGAUUUCAGCCGCUGCAUUUAUCAAGACAUACAUACGCUGGGAUUGGUCAGAUAUGAACCCUUUCAUAAAUCUCACGUGUGUCCUAUCAUACGAUGAAUCCUGCAGUCAGAUCUACGCUCAAAUCUGCGCAAGCUUGAUAAAUGAGGGCCAAUGACUCUAUAUUUCUUAACCUAAAUGUAUGAAGAGAUUCUACUACAAUACCUUUAUAUUUCAGGGUGUAAUGUUCUUUUUUCGUGCAUCAGGAUGUGACUCCACUGCAGAUCGUGUACCCAGACACGGCGCUGCGUCUGCAGGCUAUGCUGGACUUUGAGGAGGGUGGAGGAAAGAAGAGAGUGGCUGGAGAUGAGUGGCUGUUUGAGGGACCGGGUAUGUUUCACUGAUGGCUGAAUUCUACUUGUUUUUAUUAGUCAAAUCUGUGCUGAGAUACUUACUUAAGAAGUCGGUCAAAUAUUCUGUUUAGUGCUGGUUUUACAGACUGUUCAGCUCUUAACUCAUGAAAUAUUUUGAGUUUACUUGGCCCAUGAAAAAACAGCUGCUCAGACUUACACUCAGACAUAAUCUGGUUUCUUACAGAUUUCACUCAGCCAAGUCUAAAGUAGCUCAAAGUCAGGAAUGGGUUUGUUUUACAUCACAACCUUUAAGAUUUUAUUUACAGCUUUAGUAUCACAUGUCUUUGAAACAGUGAUUUUCAACCUGUGUGCCGCGGCACACUGGUGUGCCGUGAGAGAUCGUCAGGUGUGCCGUGGGAAAUUAUCUAAUUUGCAAAUAAUAUGCCAUUGUCGAGUAUCUAUGCGGUAAUAACGUGAGCGUCGGAGCAGUACUCUUCUCUGUCACUGGGUAGCAGCAGACAGCUAAUUGCCUUUAAAAAAAACUGAAAACAAAAAAGGGCUGGGAGCUGUUGAGGAAGAGCUUCUUGUGUCUUUAUUCCAUUCCUGCCAUGAUAUCAGCUUUGUGUUUAUCUAAACGUCCAGGUCUCACACUGAGCGAGUAUAAAUAAAUUUGGAAAUUAUAUUACUAACUUUAUUCUAGGGAUGCACCGAAAAUUCGGCCACCGAAAAUGGCCAAAAAGUGCAUUUUCGGUUUUCGGCCGAAACACUUUUCUCACUGAAACAUCACGGCCGAAACAGAUGUUGUGAUGACCCAAGCAAAAACCGCGACCAGUGCGUGCUUGUCUGGAUCAGAGCCAAAAUGUCUGCGGUGUGGACAUAUAUCUAUGUAUCUGAGAACUAGGAAUAGCGAUCGGCAGAGAUGGGAAUUGUGGAGUCACCAAGUCAUCUCCAUGCCAUGUAUUUGUUCUGCUCUGUCACUGAACCAGCUGCUUCCAAUGAACAACCAGGAAGGUUUGCUCAUUAGUGAAGGCACCUGGUUUAGUAACUGAGCAGAACAAAUACAUGGCAUGGAGAUGACUUGGUGACUCCACAUUUUCCCAUCUCUGGCGAUUGGCAUAGCCUGUAAUGCAAAAAUUUCAAGAGGGAGUGCAUUUGCAAAGAGUUUCUUCACGUCGAGUUUAAUUUAUCACCUGGGGCCUGUUCUACGAAGCAGGAUUACUGCUUAGCGAGGUAACUUCGAGGGUAAGUUCGGGGUUUCCUGUUCUACGACGCGGGUUCACUUCUUAGCGAGGCGAGUCUCCAUGGCAACAUAUGCUGAACGGCUAACCUGCUCCGGGGCAGGUUAAGUUACAGAUUGAACUCGAUUGAUUUUAGUGAGAUUAGUACACAGUCAUAACCAUAAAUGCAAUGGUACUAAUACUUGGCAUAAUAAUUUCUUUCAGUUUUCGGCCUUGGUUUCCUCAUUUUCGGUAUUUUCAUUUCAGUGUAUCACUAUAUUCUAUAGUAUAUACUGUGUUAGGCUAUAGAGUGUCAUUUUUGGUUGGUGGUGUGCCCCAGGAUUUUGUCAAUGUAAAAAAUGUGCCGUGGCUCAAAAAAGGUUGAAAAACACUGCUUUAAAGGGUUGUAUUUCUGACAGAGUGAUACAUAAAUUCCUUUUCUGAUUUUUUACUUUAUUUUGUUCCCCCAAGAUUAUUUACCCUUGUGUAAGUCAGUAAUGUUGCUGCUGUUUUAGUGUGUGAAAUUGCAUUUUUGGAGGUUUAUCCUUUUAAACAAAUAAUGAAAGAGCAACACAACCCCAAGAACUUUGUUGGUAGUUCAAGCAGCUUGUAGCACAACCACCUCAUCACUGAUGCAGGAAACUUGUGGGUUAGACUUUCCUUCCCAUAACAACAGUUCUCAAGUUUCCAUGUGAACUUUUUCUGCAUGUGCAUCUCUACAAAUUAGACUAUCAUGAAAGACUCCCUACCAAGUACUGAGAGUAGAAAUGAACAUACUUUUUAAGGGGUAGACAUUUCUGUAUUUCAAAUCGUUAUUUGUUUAAUCUUAAAGGAUUUUCUUAUUAUUAUGGGCCUCUGGGUUUCAAAUGUUCUCAUGCUAUGAGCAAAAAUCAUGAAAAUUUAAACAGAAAAAGGCUUUAAAUAUUUCACCUUAUGUGUAAUAAAUACAGAAAAUAUGAACGCUUUUUUUGAUAAGGUGACCAGACGUCCCAGAUUUCCAGGGACAGUCCCCGAAUUGGAUGACCUGUCCCCGGCAAAAGCUGUCUCCGAAAAUGUCCCCAGUUUAAGCGUUUCAUGAAUGAGAACAAAAAUGUUGUGUGUAGGAUAGAACAAUAGUUAUUGCAGUAGCCAAAUGGGUAGGAAGCACAAGUAAGCAGUCAUGAACAACAGUUUUUACAGGGGUUAUUACAAGGGGCAUGCGCUGCUACUAAAUAGUACCAAGAUGUUGUCUGUGAUCACACAGCCCACAUUACAGAAAUCUGGUCACCUUAUUCUUUGAGGAAUAAAAUAUGAACUUUUUCACAAUAUUGUAAAUAGUUGAGAUUACAGCUGUGAAGUAUGCCUACAGAAUCCCUGAUUAAUAAUUCUGUAACAUGAUGUGUUUCUCCUUCAGGGACAUACAUUCCCAGGAAGGAGGUGGCUGUGCUGGAGACCAUCAAGGCCACAGUGAUCCGAGAGAACCAGGCCAUCAGACUGAGAGCUAGGAAGGAGGGAGUGGACAGAGGAGGAGUUCGCAGGGUCACAGGUAACACACACAUACUCACAUACACACUCACAUAAAUCCUUCUUACUUUGUCUCUGUCUAACUGGUGAUGCACUCUUAUGAACUUUUGAUUGAUUUGUAAAUUUGCCAAUUCAAAGUAGGCUGCAUCUUUUUCUCCUUUUAAACAUUAUUUUUCCUGUAUACAUGAAAUAAAAACAAUUUAAAGGUUUUAAGAUGGAAAGAAACUAAAUACUGAUGAGAGUUUAAGAGAAAACUUCCAAAUAUGCUGCUGUCAAAGAUAAGUGUCUUGUCUUGACUGAUAGAUGUUUGAAAAUAUCUGAAAGCAUUAAGUCAGUGUACAUACGUGAUCCCAGUGACUUUACAUCUAGACUUAUAUCCAGUCAGCUUUAGCAUGAAGCGUGUGUUUGGUUUCAGGCGAGGAGUGGCUGGUCAGUAAAGUGGGAGCUUACCUACCAGGUGCUCAUGAGGAAGUCAUCGACAUAGUGAAUGCUUUUAUCCUAACUGAUAAGGUAAGUUCUUGCUUCUCUCUUCUUGAACUACAGCUGGAUGCUUUGGUGUCUCUUAUUGGUUCCCCAAAAAAGUGAAAUGAUUCAGGAGUCUGGACAAGCUCUUGCGCUUUUUUCCUGGAAAAUAGGAAAUCUGUUGCAGGAAAUGAGAGUUUGGGGGAACUACACAUUUUCUUUUCUGCCCUGAUAUCAGGUAUUUAUUUUAAAAACCAAGGCGUGCUUUUCCAGUUGUCUUUGUUGGUGGUACUUUCAGAAAGCACUCCAUGUUCGUGCCCUGCGUCCCUUCAAAGAUGCUGGUGGACGAGACCGCCGCACAGGGGAGGAAUGGCUGGUUACCAUGGCUGACAGGGAGGCUCACAUCCCUUCUGUAGCUGAAGAAGUAGUGGGGGUGGUGGAUGUGACCACUCUGAGCAGCAGGCAGUACUGUGUGAUCCUGGACCCAGUCGGAGCUGAUGGGAAACCUCAGCUGGGACAGAAGAGGGUGGUGAAGGUGAGGAGGUGCAGUUUCUUUGUAUUUUUGAGGUUACUGGGUGGUCAUCAAUAAAAAAAUGAAAUGCUACUUAAAUAAUACUAAUGUACUACAUUCUGUAAUAUACACUUCAACCUGACCAUUCAAUCAUUUUUACUCCUCUCUCCCUUUCUCUCUCUCUCUUUUUCUCUUAUCAGGGGGAGCGUUCAUUUUUCCUUCAGCCAGGGGAGAGCCUUGAACAGGGCAUCCAGGAUGUGUACGUGCUGUCAGAGGAGGAGGGUGUGGUGCUGCGAGCUGUGGAGGCCUUCAACGACACUGAGGGGGUGAGAAGAAAACUCUGAACUUUCAUGCUUCUAUAUGUAGAGAGUCCGUUAUUUGCAUAGAUUGGCUUCCUCUGUAGUUGUCAUACUUAACUGUGAUUGGUUAGCUUUGUCCAGUCUGGAAAACAUGUGAUUUUUCAUCAGUUUAUUAUCAUGCCCUCAGGUAUGACUCACUUCUGUACCAUGCUGCACAGAGCUAAACAGUAGGAGACAACCUCACUGUCUAAAACCUACUUUAUACUUGUUGACACCCCACAUUAGAUUAACACAGAUAUACAGUAGAAGUGUAUGUCAGCUGUUCAACACCCCUGGCUCUACAGGAUUAGAUUUUUUAACUACUGUUUUUCAUUCAGUACUAGAUCGGACAGUAAAUCUUCACCAUCAAUGUUUCUUAAUGCUUCCUAUGUGAUCGUCAUUGUUAUUUUGGAGCUGAUAAUUGAAUACCCCACUGUUUUUAAAGCAGCAUCUGUAGCAUCUUAACCACUUCAUCCACUAUCUGUAAUCUAAUCAUACUUGCAGUUUGUACUUACUCAGGCUAAUACAUUCAUCUGUCAGCUGUAUGAGAACUUUCUGUCCAUUAGCUAACUGUUAGCUUACCAUUUUAAAUGUAUGUCUGUUCCUUUGAUUUAAUAGUUUCAGUUGGAGCUUUGGAAAUGGAUAAACAUUUUAAAUAUCAGCUCACCAUCCUGCAUGCUUUUGCACAUACUUUUAGUCUACACACUAGGAUGUGAGGCUAAGCUUAUAUACUAAGCUUGGAGGACUGUAGGGAGGAGCUGAAUCAACUAUGUACUGAACCUUCCAACAUAUGCUUGUAAAGUUAGUCUUUUGUAGCAUUACCUGAAAGGCAGCUUUUCUACUUUAAGCUGAAGGGUAGCUUUUCUACUUUACAAACCUUUGCAGCAUGAAAUGGAGCGAUAAGUCAGAGGUGUGUCUCUGCUAUCUCUUGGCUUAUGGUCUAAAGGUCUUGACAGCUAAGACCACACCCUGCACUGAUGGCUGGUGUGUUUGGGUGUGUUUAGAGGUGUGCUCUGUUGCAGCUAUUACAAGAAUCUUUGUGCUGAAAGGUGUUAGGUGUGCUGAAUUUCCCAUAGAAAUCAGGUUGUUGUGUUUGUUUUGGCUAGUUAAGGUAAGGCAGACUAUCUUACAAAAACACAAGUUCCUUAUUUACAUCUAUGAAGUUUAGAUUUAGAAAGUUUUUAAGUGCCCUCGGCUAGCCUUUGGAAAGCCUCCAGAGAGGGUUAGGCUUCAGACAGAGGCUAUAAUAAUAAUAUUUCAAUACUCUAAAGUGAGAACCAGGGGGCCUCUUUGAUCUGAAAAUCAUGUAUUAAAGAGGUACCAGAGAGGAAGUUUAGCGGUUAGGUGUCCAGAAUUUUCCUCAGAAAUGUGGUUGUUUGGGUUUGUUUGUUUCUGAAAAAAAAUACAUACUACCCCCCACCCCCUUUAAACAUGACACAGAGAGCGGUCCCUGAUCUGCUCUUAAAAAAGGGUCCUUCUUUUUGUGUGGGGCCAUGGUUAAGUUUUAGAUACAUGGCUGUAUUUCUGUUCACACGAGGUCACAGUGUUGCAUUUGAUGAUUAUCCGGCCAGAAACCAGGAUCUCAUUUGUUUGACCUGGAGAGUUUUGAACUGCAUUUAACGGUAUUUAAUGUUUGAUGUAUAACAUGAGUUUACCCCCCACUACACCAUCUACCUUUUCCAAGCUUGCUAACCCAUUAAAACCCCUACUCUGUUCUCUUUUUCUUCUCUCCCUUUUUCAUUGAAUUCAAACUCCAACCUGUCCCUGCACUUUUAUUCAAUUCUUCCAUUUCUUGAAUUUUCCUUUUCCAUUUUUGGGGACUUGUUGUCCUCUCAGUGCUCCUCUCCAAUCCCCUCCCCUCCCUGUUCUCCUCCUUUGACUUCCACAUCUCCUACUCCACCUCUUUUUCCCUCUUCCUUUCCCCCAUCCCUCAAAUGCAUCGCCACGUUAACCCUUCUCUCCCUCCUUCACCUGUCUCUCCCCGGUUCUUUCUGCCAGCGCACUGAAGAAGAAGAGGAGAUGGAAGAGGAGGAGGAGCAGCGGAGGCAGGAGAGGGCAAAGCGUUCAAGGAAGAGCGGUGUCCUCCGUCGCCCAGGAGACCGCUGGAUGCUGAGGGGUCCCAUCGAGUAUGUUCCCCCAGCUGCUGUGGAGGUUGUGCUGAAAAGACAGGCCAUCCCGCUAGAUGAAAAUGAGGGGAUCUAUGUCCGUGACAUCAAAACUGGAAAGGUACGAGUCUAAGGCUUCAGGAACUUUCAUCAAAAGAAAACACCACUCUUUAUUUAUAUGGAAGUGAGGUCAAUGUCAUUAAGAUUAAAGCAAAGGUAUGAAAGUGGGUCUGUCUGCCUCCAAGGUGCGAGCUGUCAUCGGUCACACAUACAUGCUGACCCAUGAUGAAGAACUUUGGCAUAAGGAGCUUCCUCCGAAUGUUGAGGCCCUGCUUGCUUCACCUCUGGACCCAUUAGCUGACCGCUCAGACCGCACUAGAACUGGAGAGGCCAAGCGGAGGGACAAGACCCGAGUGGUCUCCUACAGGGUCCCACACAAUGCUGCUGUCCAGGUCUACGACUACAGAGAGAAGAGGGCCAGGUGGGACUCAGGCUAAAUAUGCUGAUGGUAUGUGAAUGUAGAACAAACAGGCUAAUGUGGUUUAAUGGCUAGAAUCUUGUCCUCAGGGUGGUGUUUGGACCAGAGAUGGUGAUGCUGGGACCUGAUGAGCAGUUCACUGUGUUGUCACUGUCUGGAGACAAACCAAAGAGAGCCAACGUCAUCAAGGCUAUCUGUCUUCUAUUGGGGCCGGACUUCUGCACCGACAUCAUCACCAUCGAGACAGCUGACCACGCCCGCCUUCAGCUGCAGCUCUCCUACAACUGGUAACUAUGACACACCAAACCCGGAACUCAGUCUGAGUUCUGUUUAGUAGGUGUGAACUCUAGGGACAGUUAAAGCUACUGCGAGUAGUUUUUCACUCUUAACAAAACGGGCUGAAAUUAGUCGUGGUGCCUUCUGUGAGCUUAAGAAAUGAAAUAAGUCAUCAGCAACCAGAUUGACAAAUUCUCAGCUGUAGUUUUUAAAGGCUGUAGUCACUGUGAGGGAUUAAGUGUUAUGCUGUAUGAUUUCCAGCUCUCUGGAAAAAAACAAAGAUUUGCAGUGAAUGAUACAUUUCAAUAUUUUAAGAACAAUGGAUAAGCUCCAUUCCUAGACAGCACAACUUACUCAUGUAUCAUUUUGUCCACAAGGGAUGUCAAAAUCAACCCAGACCGAAAGUUUCUCACAGGAGCUUUAAAUGAGGCGUAUUUUAUUUUUUAUGGAGCACCACGGUCCUAGAAAAAAACAGAUUCCAGGUCAUUUGAACCUUUACUUGGUGGAAAUGACAUUGAAGAAAACUUCAGAGUUUAGAUUACAGGUUAAGCUCUUAAAAACACAGGUCAAGGCUUUUCUCAAUUUUUAUGGAUUUUUUUUGGUUAAUCAAUUAAACUGCUGAAAACUGUCCAUUUAAAAGAGGAUCCAGACUCUAAACUAACAGUAAAGGGUCAUUCCAUGUCAAUUCAACCAAGAAUCUCCACUCACGUCACAGAUUUUGAUGAAAUUUGGUGGAGUGAUUGGCCUUCAGGAGAAACUGUCAGAUCACAAAUAUUUUUGUUCAAAGCCGUCUAAUUAGUGAGAUGGGGGCUAACGAAUUUUUGGCAAAUUAGCAUGACAUGCGUUACAAAAGUGUUCAUAUCUCUGGAAGUAUGGCACCUAGAGUGCUGAUUCGGGUGUCAUUAUAAAGCUCUCUUCAAGUUCUAUCUUUUUGUUCAUAACAUUUUUUCCCAAAUUGGACCAGAAAAAAAUUAUAAAAGACCAAAAACUUAAAUUGGAAAUAGCAAAAAACGCGCGUCCUUCAAUUUUCUUCAUAUCCACGCUAAAGAAAGACUUUCAUGUCCACUAGCAUCCCUGCAAGUUUCAGGAUGGGCAUUCCAUAUUUUUUUGAGUAAUCAGUCAAAAUGUGUGGUACGUUAGGUCGAAAAUUGCCAUAUUUGGCACAUUACACAGUUCUGACCUCAUCUGGAGUCAGCCCCACUUGCCUGCUUGUGUAAAAUAUUACUUCCUCAUAGUGCAAAAUGCUUUUUUUGAGUGUUUUCAUUUGUAUGUUAUCCCAUAUUUAUAUGAAAAAUGGCUAGAAUAGCUUAUUUUUGCUCAGUUUUCUAUCGCAUUUCAUUUCUAUUUGCACCUAUAUCCAGAAUAUGAAUGAUCUUAGCUUCAUGGGAGAAUCAUUUGGGCAUACCUGCAUGUCCUGGAUCCUAGGGUUGACAAAUAACUUCUACCUAUGCACCCUGAAAUUUUGUUGCUGGUUUCCCUGUGAAGUAUUCCAGGCUAUUUAUCCUGAGCCCUUUCAACGUUUCCUUUAUACUUCAAAAGUACUUUUAGCAUGGUGAUCAAGCUUUGUGCAGCUUUUUGAUAUUGUUAGUUUGUUUCCAAAUAGGAAAGAAUGUAUGAACUACAAAGAGUUUGAUAGCGUCAGUGUAAGGAAUGAUGGUUCCCCAGUCGUCUAGGUCCUCUAGCUUUCAGUACAGACCAGAAAAUAAAUAAUAGUAAGACCAGGAAAUAAACGACUGAGCCGGCUGACCAGAAACAGCACUAAAAACUUGAAUUUUUCACACGAAUGGAUGAGAUGCUGACCACGAGGUUAAAAACGGGAUUCAAACAGUAUGUAAACGGGAAUAAUAUUGGUGGAUUAUUAACCUGUUGGAGCUGGAUGAGUGAUAAUGCUGACUGUUUUGGACACCAGAGUGAAGGUAAGACAUUUUUCCCUUUGUUAUUUUAUGUCAGAUCUCCGUUAAACAGUGGAGACUCACUACAAAGACGCCAAAGCAGAGGCGUGAAGAACAAGAUGCAGGAUGCUUAAUGCAGGGUUUAACCGACUAGUAAAAUACUAAACGUUUAAUAAACGAAUAGGCGGUGAAACAAUUAAACGACAAGUCGUGCACAUCCCUAACUCAAGCUAAGGUAACCUAGAGGAAAGAUAAGCACGAGUUUGUUAGAGGGGGAAGAAAAAAAUGCUUAACUUACCAGCUAUUGAGGAAAUAACUGAAUUUUCUUCAUUUUCCCAGGCAUUUUGAUAUUAAGAGCCCAGCAGAACCUGCUGAUGCAGCAGCUCUCUUCUCAGUCCCUGAUUUUGUUGGAGAUGCUUGUAAAGCCAUCGCCUCCCGUGUCAGAGGAGCUGUGGCCUCUGUUCAGUUUGAUGAUUUCCACAAGGUUAGAGUUUCAUCUCGUGUUCUUCAGUAAUCCUCAUAAUGUAACAGGAACAAUCAGCAGACGACAACAGUUUUUCAGCAUCAGAGCAUUUGGCGUUGAGACAAAUUAACUGUUUUCAGUCACAAAUAAUCAUGAAAAUAUCACUUUAUCUUCAUUCUUGUCAUUAGUCUGAUAUUGUCUUUAAUUGCAGAACUCAAACCGGAUCAUCUGCUCUGCUGUCUUUGGCUUUGAUGAAAAGUUGGCAGUUCGUCCCAGCCUUUGUUUCAACCAGAACCGACUGGUGAUCAGCAGCGUGGACAUCCAGUCUGUGGAACCUGUAGACCAGAGGACAAGAGAUGCUUUGCAGAAGAGUGUUCAGUUGGCCAUCGAGAUCACCACAAACUCCCAGGAGGCUGCUGCAAGGUCAGAACACACACACACACACACACACACACACACACACACACACACACACACACACACACACACACACACACACACACACACACACAAAUGCAGAUGGUCUGUAAGAGGAUGAUUUGACAUUGAGUGAAAACCUUGGUACUUUAUUUUUGAGAUCUUUGACAGGUGCAGAGACAGAAACAGCUGAGUCAGCCCGGCACAGAGACGAAGCUAAAAGAGGAAAGGCCAGGUCUCAUUUACAGACCUGGGCUAUUAGUUAGAGGGAUCACUGCGGCGCUUGGAACUAACUGUAAGAUUCAUAGAUGAACUAGGCUAGAUUAAGAGGUCAACUAUAGCUAUAGGUACUAGAAGCUAACACUAACUCAACAAAUGCUAGCUCAGCAGGGCCAGACUAACUGCAAGGAAGCCUAGAAGCAAAAGCUAACUACCACAACCUCUACGCUAAUAUUGGACUUCUGAUUAAGCCAAAAGGGUUUUACAGAAUAAAAUAACAAACAAUUAAAAAGAUCAUAAAAGCUAAACAGGAGGACGAGAAUUUAACAUGACACCAGGAAGUGUGUUUAGGCUAACCGCUGACCUUGAUGCUAAAUCAAAGCUGGGAUGAGAAAAACAAGUGAGUGAAUGAACCAUUAGUUUAGAGUAACUAGAAUAACAGAAGCAGGAAAUAACCUUUAAUUUCUAAGACCUGAGCCAUCUCCAGAUGAAGUGAUCUGGGGGCAAGCUUCAAGGACCCCGAACUGUGGAUGGCUUAAUGAAUUAUACCUCAGUGUUUCCCCUACAUUCAGCAGUGGCAGUGCACUGCUGCUGAAUUAUGUGCUCAUAAUGAUCAUGUGAAAUUUUACAUGAUCAUUAAUAUCAAUGCGCCACUAAUAAUUUCUACUCACACUGUGUGAGCACAACAACACACGUUAUUUUUGACUUGUUUUAAACAAGCGCAUCAAAUCCUGUCAGACCCUCUUCCAUCAAUGUGAAGGUAACGUUCAAGCUUAUACACGGUCUAUAAAGAGAGUAGCACUAAUACUAUAGCAACAUUCAUAUCAAUGUGCCACUAAUAAUUUCUACUGGCACUGUGUGAGCACAACAACAAACAACAUUAUUUUCGACUUGUUUUGAGUCAUCAACAAGCGCAUCAAAUCCUGUCGGACCCUCUUUCAUUAAUGUGAAAGGUAACGCUCAAGCUCAUACACGGUCUAUAUAGCGAGUAGUGCAGGUAAUGUAAUGUGAACGUAACAGCGUAGCUCCAGCAAGAGAGUGGGGCUAACAGUGAAAAAUGUCUAACAAAAUGACUGAAUAUUAAUACAAUUUUCAUAAGAUUAAUGUUUUUUUUAUCACAAAAUAAAAGUUAUAAAGUAAAGAUAUUUUCUGGCUGAUAAGGUUUUUGUCUGUCUGAUUUCAGGCAUGAAGCAGAGCGUUUAGAACAAGAGGCUAAAGGGAAGCUGGAGAGGCAGAGGAUCACAGACCAGGCUGAGGCUGAGAGAGCCAGGAAGGAGCUGCUGGAGCUGGAGGCGCUCAGGUAUUCUGCUGUAGUGGGUCAACAGGUGAGGUGUUACCUCCACCUGACUUUUCACUCAGGACAUCCGAACUUCUAGCAGUGGUGCAGUUCAAAGUUAUCAACCACAGACAUAAGUUGUAGCUUUUGAUUUUUAGACAUAAAUUUAAGUUAAUUUUGUGACAGUCUUUUUAUUUUUUAUUAUUUUAAUUUGGGAAAAACGACAAAUUCUUUCUGAUUAAAAUCUGCCUGUAUGUUUCAGCGCUGCAGUGGAGAGUACUGGAGCUGCAAAGGCAGAGGCACAGUCUCGGGCAGAGGCAGCUCGUAUUCAGGGAGAGGCAGCAGUCAAUGAAGCCAAACUGAAGACCGAGGCUCAGAGGAUUGAGGCGGUAUGUCUUCCUGAAUCUCUGUCAUUUGUCAAAAUUUAAGUCCUGACACAGCAGCAGUGAGAGAAGUCUGUGUUUUAGUCAAGGAAAAGCAGCAAUUUAUCACUAAGUAUGAAGCUACAGCCCUACCAAAUCCAUGAUUUAGGUUUUAUUAUCUGCCAUGUCACAAAUAAAAGCAGCAAUUUGACAGAGUGGCAGAACCCAGGAUUACAGAGUGAUUCCUAAGAUGAUACUGUACAUAUGAAUAAACUGUGCAUAUAUCUUUGUGUGUGCAGGAGGCAGAGCUCCAGCGGCUUGCGAAGGCUCGUGAGCAGGAGCUUAGCUACAAGCAGCAGAUGGAUAAUCUGGAAGUGGAGAAACAGAAGCGUCUGGCUCAGAUGGAGAUCGAACGCUUCAGUCAGAUGGUGGAGAGUCUGGGCAGUGACACCCUGAGGGACAUGGCUCGAGCUGGGCCUGAGCUGCAGGUACAAUUUCAAACUACUGGUGGAUUGAUAUGAACAACUCGGAGUGCUACUAACAACUUUCUAUGACUGCUUAUAACCAUGACACUAACCACCAACUGUUUCUGACUGAUGACUGCUUUUUUUUUUUACUUACUUUUACUUCAACUGCCACUCAUACAGGCGACUAGCUACCACUUCAACUAACAGCUGCUGCUCCUGCUUCUACAUUCACUCCUACUUCUUGUUGAACUUGCCUAAAAAUAAGACUUCAUUUAACGCUGAUUUUACUGCAUAUAAUCACUCUACUACUACUUAUUGCUUCCAUAGCUUUUAAUUCUGUAUCUGCCACUUUCCAUUCCCAUGUGGUCUAGCUAGGGCCACAAUGCUAGAGCUAAUUUUUAAAUUAAAUUAAAUCUUUUAAAUGAAAGUUAGCACUUAAGGCCUUUACAUAAAAGCUGAUGUUAUUUUUGUUUUUAAUUUUUAUUUAUUUGACUUUACAAUAAACUGUUCUUGAAAAAAAUGAAAAUGUUAAAAAAAAAAUUGAUAACAUACCCAUGUCUUUUUACCAAGCUGACAGAAAAAAGUCCAGAUAUUUCAAAUUUGAAUGUAACAAUCAGGAAACAAUGCCGUAGAUUUGGACUUUUCUCAGUGGCUGAUGGAUUUUCAUUCCAAACUAAACAUUCAGGUUUUGUUAUCCUCCAGGUGAAAAUGCUGCAGGCUCUGGGGCUCAAGUCCACCCUCAUCACUGACGGUUCGUCCCCCAUCAACCUGUUCACCACCGCCAAUGGCCUGCUGGGGGCGCUGCCUGGACAGGGACAGGCCGAGUGAGGGGGUAGGAAAGCAAAAGAAGGAAGAAGAGGGAACAGAUGUCCGAAAGUACACCUCAGAUGCUUCUUUUUUUCUAGUCAAAGGCUGGUGUUUCUGACAGGUGUGGUAAAACAAAGAAUACGUGCCUUCUUCCAGAAUAAAAAAAAAAAAGCUCUUCGUUGGUUUGUUACAUCACCUCAAAAAUAGACUAGCUCUCCGUGGCUGUCUUAAGACUUCACAGUGGUCACGGUUUGACUCUGUAACAAAACCAGGCAGUGCAUCUUGAUAAUCAUUUUCUUCCACUUUCUGAAGUGAUUUGCACUAAAGGAAAAAAACUGUCCCAAGAUUGUAGUUCCUCAGGCUGGGAACAGAAGUAAGAGGCCAGGGACACUAAAGAUACAUCAUGAAUAUAACAGAAAGCUUUUAUCGUGGUAUAGUAAUGUUAUUAAAGUAUGUUUAGUCAGAGUUGAUUUUUUCUAAUAGUGUCCAGAUUUGCUUUUGUAAACCUUUUGAAGGAGGAAGUUGUUUUUGUGCUCAAACAACAACAGAGAUUAGCUUCCACAGACCGUAAAGCUGUAGUGUGGAACUUGCUUUUGUUGACUUUGGUGCUCCAUGUGGAUAAAGUAGGUAACCUCCAUAUCAUUGUGUAUUUCAUCUUGUCUCUCUGAGAGACAAGAAACCUCUUUGUGUCAUUAUUUUACUGUCAAAAUUAUCUCACUGUGGAUUUUUGCUGUGAGAAAAGUAAAAAGGGCUGUUUCCUUCAGUGAACCUAACUCCUCACUGUAGUUAUAAUCACUUCAAAGUAAAUUUGUCUAUUUUUUCAUCAAUGUUCUCAUUUACUUUUGGACAUUAUUAUAGAAAUAUCAUAAAUAUCAAAACUCCUCACUAGGGCUUUAAAAAUGUAAAUCAUCCCUUAGCUUUCAGUACAAAUAUAAAGAAUCUACAUAUUUAGAAUACCAGUUUAAAAAUCAUGUAUGUGGUUUACAAAAGCUGAUAAAUGGUAGCUUAUUACAGGCAUUACCCCAGUUGGCCUUAUAAAAAGCCGUCCAAUUUUCUAAACAGCAAUAAUUAUAGUUAAAUGCCAAAUAAAAGUACAUAUGUAAAAAUCCCCUAUAACUUUUAUAGAUGGUAAUAAUUUACCAGGUUGAAUCAAAGAGUUCUGAACUUGGAUUAGGUUAUAUAAAACAAUAGAGUUAAUGUGAAAUCCAAAACUGCAAAUCUAUUCAGCUCUAUUUCAUCCAGCUGAGCUGCCAUAUUUCUAUGCUAUAAACAUCCCCUUGUUAUGAUAUAUAUAUAAUAUAUUACAGACAUUUAACUACGUCUCCCAAGUGCACUUCACUAUGACAGAGCUCCAUAUGUUAGAAGAUGAUGCUGAUCAGUCCACUUUCUGAUUCUGGGAAUAAAACAGUUCCUACCUCCUCUCUCCCACUUUGAUGAAGACCUCCUCCAUGAGGAUUAUGGGUUUUGUAGCACUUAAGGGUACAAACUAUCAGUGAAUAAAAACCCUGUCCUGCUCAUGCCUGCAUAUUAUCCCAGUUCUGCACUUUGCCUACAGUUUUUUCAAAAGUCGGUCUCAGGAGACUCCUCCGUAGUCUAGAAAUAGUCUAAAGGUUCAUUUACAAAUCUUUUGUCUCCUUGAGAGCCAGCUACAAGGUUUCUCUAUCCUUCCUGGCAGGGUGGGCUAUGAAAAGCCGCUCGAUGGAAUCUUGGGAGAUGUAGUUCUCUUCACUGUAACUUUUGUAAGUCAUCAUGGUUUACACUCUUACCUCCGUCACAGGCUUACAAGUCCUUAACAUUGUAAUUAAUGACACAUAGAGGCUGCAUAAUACUGUAUACAGAGUCACACUGAUAAUCAUCAUCUGUCUCUCUCUUUUGUCGUACCUCUUUCAUGUUAAUUUCUGCUCUUUCACCUUUUUAGAAGAAUAAAGAAUCUGAGGUUUACUUUUGGACAAAACUGAAAUCAUAGAGUCAAGUCUUUACCCCAAAACAAGAAGAAUCGUGCCUACAAACAAGCUGUUUGUCAAGUUGUAUCCUGACAGCCAAAAAAUAAUGUUUUUGCUUUGCACUUUAGGUAGAAGUGAAUGUAGGAUGCUGUUGUUUGCAUCCUCAGUGUAUGCAGUGGUACCAAAAUUAAAAUGCAAUAUUCUGCAUGCCUUUCUCUGCUAACCUUAGUGCCACUGUUUCUACAUGAAGAACCCUGUGAAACUAUUAAAGAGCUGCUGAUGCUGUUGUCCAAC